AAGCCAGGCUCGCGGCGAAGCGGGCGGCGCGGGCAGAGGCACGGGAGAUCCGCAUGAAAGAACUGGAGAGGCAGCAGAAAGAGAUCUAUCAAGUCCAGAAGAAAUAUUAUGGUCUGGAUACUAAGUGGGGCGACAUCGAGCAAUGGAUGGAAGACAGUGAGCGUUAUUCCCGUAGAGCCCGGAGAAAUGCCUCGGCUUCGGAUGAAGAUGAGCGCAUGUCCGUGGGUAGCCGUGGAAGCCUGAGGGCUGGAUUAGAGAAUGACAGGACCAAAAGGAAGAGCUACUCCAGAGCAACCAAUGGUUAUGAGGAAGACGUGUAUGGAUCAUCCCAGAGUAGAAAAUCUAGCAGGCCUUCGGAGUACAGCUGCUACCUUGGUUCAGGAUCCCGGGCGUCUUCGAGAGCCAGCUCUGCCCGAGCCAGUCCAGUGAUCGAAGAAAGGCCAGAAAAAGACUUUGAGAAGGGAGCUCGCACUGUCUCAAGCUUAUCAGCAGCUACCUUAGCUUCGCUGGGUGGGACUUCUUCACGGAGAGGCAGCGGGGACACCUCCAUCUCAGCUGACACAGAGGCAUCUAUUAGGGAAAUAAAGGACUCGCUAGCAGAAGUGGAAGAGAAAUACAAAAAGGCUAUGGUGUCAAAUGCACAGCUCGACAAUGAGAAGACAAACUUCAUGUACCAAGUGGACACCCUGAAGGAUGCGCUGCUGGAGCUGGAAGAACAGCUGGCAGAAUCCAGGAGGCAGUAUGAAGAGAAAAGCAAAGAAUUUGAGAGGGAAAAGCACGCUCACAGCAUACUGCAGUUUCAGUUCAUGGAAAUGAAAGAAGCUUUGAAGCAAAGAGAAGAAAUGCUUGCAAAACAUGGCAUAAUCCCAGACUCUGAAGUAGCCACCAAUGGGGAGACAUCAGACAUUCUCAAUAGUGAAGGACACCUGGAUUCUUCCAAAGCUGUCCAAGGCACAACUCAUGCACUAAAGACAUCAGGGGAUGGGACUCUAGGCAAAGCCAAUGAAGUGGACAUGAAAAAUGAGAUUUUGGAGGAUGUGGGGAAAAGAGAAAUCUUGCAGAAUACUGAGCAGGAGGAGCACAAAGAGGAGUCUGAGGAGCAGGAAAUAAAGACAUUGCAUGCUGAUGAAAAUGCAAAGGCAGAACAAAUCACUGAAGAGAAUGCUGCCAUGUCAACAGUGAUGUUAACAAACAGUAGGCGUGCAGAACAAAUCCAAAGCCAUCCAGAGCAGGCAUCAGGGAAUGUUUCCUCAAAUGACGAUACUGAUGCAGAUGACUUGAGAAAGGAGGGGGAAUCGACAGGCAGUCACAUAGAAGCCCAACAGCCUGUUGGUGAGGAAGCUGAACAUAGUAACAUAAAUCAAAGGAAAAAUCAGAAGCUAGAGGUGGGUGCACUGUCAGGUCAGGUUUUUGAGACUCCUCAGGAAAUGCCUAGUGAUUUAGGUGUAGAAUGUGAAUUAGAAAAGGCUGCAGCACAGCAGAAGGGAGGGGAUUUGGAAGCUAGCAAUGCAGUGGGUGGUAAUGAAGCUGCUAUUAGGAGUAACAGCAGUGAGCUGGUUUUGGAUCAGCCAGGGCUUCCAAAGGUUGCAGCAGUGGGUUCAUUUAGCCAAGAGCCCAGUGUAGAGAAUCACACCAAGGGACUCCAGCACUCAGAAGAAAAUACUGAUGAGAAAGACAGGAAUGUCUUGGAAGAGUGUACUGAUGGGAGAACUGAUGGAAUUAGUAUAGCCAAAGAAGAAAAUGAGAUGGGAAACGCAGCUCAAGGUCAGGCCAAGAAAACGGAGUCCAAGGGUAUGGAGGGGAAGGACUCAUGUGAAAGUGGUGCCCCAGCAGCUGUGAGUGAAGGGGAAGAUGGAGAUCAGACACAAAUCGGACCAAUUUCUUCAGAGAAUGGUCCCAUAGUUUCAUUAGAGGAAGGAAAAAUGCAAGAUAAGACAGAGCAUGAAAAGGCUGUGAGCGAGGAGGACAGACAGGAGGAAGUAUUGAUGAACAAAUUGGAAGCAUAUUCAGGUUCUGAAGGAAUAAUCAAGCAGGAGGGAAGCAGUGUAGACCCAAGUCCUUCAGAUUGUGACAGCCAGGAAUCAGAAGCAGAAAUACAGGAUGAGUCUGGAAAAAGAAAGGAGAAUAAAACUGAAAGGGUAGAAGAUUUAAAACCAAGCAUAGAAAUUGAAACAGCUCCGUGUAUUGAGGAAACUACUUGCGAUACGGUGGGAGAGAAGAGAAUUUCUUUAGAAGCUGAAGAUCACAACAUAGCUAAACAAGAGGAAGGUGAAUCUAGGCAGGAGGCAACUGAAGGUCUUUGUGUAACUACUGCAAACAAAGUUCAUGAAGAAGCAUUGAAAGAAACCAAGAAACAGCUGAACCUUCCAGAUGGUGGAUUUGCAUCCGAGCAAGAUGCAGGUAGUUCUUUACAGGAAACUACCAAACCAUUGCAGCACUUUAUUCAAGACAGCUCAGAAGCCAAAGAACAAACUCCAGAUCAAGAAAAUGUACAUGAGUGUACAGAGAAGGAGCAAGAUAAAAAUCAGAAGGUUCAAGGGACUGAAGAGGACAAAAAUCAGGGAACAGAAGAGCAGGGUGAGGCCAAGGAAUCUUUAGCAGAGGGCAAGGUAGAGACUCUUGCACAGAGAACUGAGCUGGAUGAAAAUGUUGCUGAAGAAGUUAAAUUGGAGAGUGGAGCAGAGGAAGGAGUGGAAAAUGAUAGUGAUGCAUUUGAUUUUGAUGAGGAAUCAAAACAGAUACCGGAAACUGAUGAAAAAUGUGGUAGAGAGAAAGCUGAUACCCAGAAAGGAGAAGGAGCUGGAGCACAUGGUGUGAUCAGGGAAGUUGCCUCAUGUAGUGAAACUGGAGAAGGCCAAGACAACGCAAACAUCGAAAACACAUUGACUGAAGAUGACAGCCUGCAGCAUAAAAAAGAGGGUGAGACAGAAGAAACAAGGCAUUUGGAAGGGAAAGGAUCUUCACAGAAAACUGAUGAGAAGGCUGAUGCGUUGGAAGCCAGCGAUGAAGCAUCAGACUCCAAUGAUCUGGAAAAAAUGGCAGACGAAAAUGUUUCAGAACAGGAUUUGGAAGGUGGUGGCAAUGACAGGGAUGAAAGCAAAGAGGAUUCACAAGGUGGUAGGAAGGGCAAGGGUAAGUCGAAAGACGACUGCACAAUAUCAUGAGUUCA